CGCCGCUUAUGUUUUCCUAUUAUCCUAUCUAAAUCAGGCCCCACGUCCUACCAGUUGCACCAGCACGACCACUAUCAAGUGUAAAAGUGUCUGGGUCUGGAAACUUGUAAUGCUGGGCGGCGUAUCAUGAGGAGGCUACAAGUGCUGGCUCAGCAUGACAAGUUUCUGAGCUUCUUGGUGUUGCCUAUUCUGCAUGACAAACUGCGUUUCUGCAUGACAGAAAAAUGGGGGUCUUGGGUAAUGUGCAUGACAAAUUUAAGAGUCAUGUGAGACAAGCAUGACAAACUUGCAUUCUUCCAGACCCAGACAUUUUUACAGUUGAUAACCACCGGUCGGGCUCUACCACGACCAGCGGGGGCAGCAGCGCGACCGGCAGCAUUGUGUAUAUGAAAUGCAAAAGCAUCGUACUAGUAGAAAUCGCAUGACAAAUUCUCUCAGCAUGAAAAAUGGAAUCUGUAAUGUGGAUUUAGGUAAAGAAGGAAAUUUGUAAUGCAUGACAGCGAUUACUACGAGUGCGAUACUUUUGCACAGCAUUGUGUACAACCCGCACCAGCAAUACAGCCCG